AAAAAGAGAGAGAGAGAGGGGUAGAGAGAGAGAAGCUGCAGACUCAGGCUGGUUGGGACAUGGACAUGGCAGACAGCUCUUCUUGUUGCAGAUUAAGGCGUGUUCAAUAAAUCUUUUACCCAGGAUACUGCAGACGAUUGGUUCCAAAGUUCAAGGGAAUAAACACAAACAAGACGAAACAUGACGGACAGCACGAGUCCAAAAGGCAAUUCUGGUGACUUUGCGAAAAAAGUCCAAAGACAGCUGAGCAGAGGCAAAGAAAAGGUGCUGCAAAGGCUGGGAAAGACUGUGGAGACCAGAGACGACCACUUUGACCGUUUUCAACAGCAGUUUAAUGACCAGCAGACUGAUGGGAACCGGAUGUACAAGGACUUGAGGAAUUACAUUAACGCAGUCAGAGACAUGCGUGAAGCAUCGCGGCGCCUUUCCCAGUCUCUGUUUGAUGUUUAUGAAACCGACUGGGCCGGGGAGGAGGACCUGGGAGCCAUUGUAGAGGGGGAAGAUCUCAUGUGGAAUGACUACGAGGUGAAGCUAUUAGACCAGGCCGUACGCACAAUGGAGUCCUACGUGAGCCAGUUCCCAGAUGUCAGGGAGAAAAUUGCCAAGAGGGGAAGAAAACUGGUGGACUACGACUCUUCCCGUCACCACCUGGAGGCACUGCAGACUGCCAAGAAGAGGGAUGAUAUCAAGAUAAACAAGGCUGAGGAAGAGAUGAAUUAUGCCAAAAGUGUCUAUGACGGCAUCAACAGUGAUCUCAAAGAAGAGCUGCCUGUGUUCUAUGACAGCCGUAUCGGAUGCUACGUGUCCGUCUUCUCUGCCAUGUCAAAUCUACGAGACAUCUUCUACAAGGAAAUGUGCACGCUCAAUCUUGAUCUACAGAAUGUGAUAAAGGAGCUGCAGGCUCAGCAUCCAGACAAAGCGUUUUCUGUGAGGGGACUGCAGCCUUAUGGCUCCCUGAGAAGACGAACACUGAUGUCCCCUAAGGCCUGGAAAGCGAGCUUCUCUGAGUUUCACAGGAGCUACAAUCCUAAAGCUGGCCAGAGGUUUAGUUUCAGGUCCCCAGAAAAACCUCGCCGCGGCACUCUGUCCAGAGAGAGCAGCACCCUGGCAGUCUCCCCACAAUCUGCAACUCUGGAGAGCCACACCCCCGAGCACAGCGACCCGGACGCCGAAUCGAGCCACAGUGAGAUCUACAGCUGUCCCACAGAAGAGGGCGGUGCAGCGGGGACGGGUGGAAACGAGCUGAAGUCAGGAGAAGACGGCAAUCAGGUGGAAGAGGAGAAGGGCGUGAAAGGAGAGCAGUCUGAACCAAAGCCUCCUGCAGAAUCUGAUGAUAAGGCUGAGAAAGCUUCAGCGAGCGAGAGCAGCUCUGAACUUAACAACUCCUGCGAUUCGGAGAGCUUGGAGCUGAAGCUGUCUGCUUUAGACAACGGCCCACUGCACAUUGAAGAAAGAGAAGACAACCAGGUACUCCUCGACACUCAAAGAGCAAACGGACUGGAUAAUGGUGAAGUUUCUGGGUUUAAGUCUGAGGUCCUGGGCAUUCCUCACAAGGAUGCUCCUGCAGAAAAACAGGCGCCCCUAGACUCCAAAAGCACAGUGGUUUAAGAACAGAAGAGACUGAAGUCAACAGCUGCACAAGAGAAAAAAUGUGGAGACAGCUGCACUGAAAUCCUCCAGCUGGUGACACGACGGAUGUUCAGUGCAUUGAUUUGUUGCUGUUAUUUAUCUUUUAUUGGAAUCAAUUGUAAAUACACUCUACAAUGUCUUUGGGUUAAACUUUUUAAUAUUUUUGUUUAAUGUUAAAAGCACCCGUUUCAUUAUAUCCUAUACCAAACAGGUACAUUUUAAAAUCAAAGUAUUUCUUUUAUGUGUAUAAUGUUGCAAACAUAAAUGCACUAUUAGGUUUACAUGGUUAGAAAACUUAGAAAACCAACUGACUACAACAUGAACACAAAGAUGUACUGAGCUGUGGUCUCAGUUUCAUGAGGAACGGAACUAAACUCUGUUGCCAUUGACCAAAAGACUGAAACUAAACAGUAGCAUCACUGAUUUUCUUGUAUUUUCCUUUUACUUUUUUGAAUUUUCCUCUACUUUUUUUAUCCGAUUUUGAUGGCAGGGAUUCAACAGGGAUUCAUUUUCAUUCAUGUGAAAUUCAUUUUAGUUUGAAUUAUAAAUUUGAACCUUUCUACUCAUAAAACGGGAAUCUAUUAAUUAGCUGUGCACUUCGAAGAUAAAAAUUAACACGGUUAUCUUUUCUUAAUCUCAUUUACACUCAAGUUAUUUCUCUACAGUUUAUUUAAUUGUAAUUAUUUAAUGAGUAUGCACAUCUAAAGCUAAGAUAUGUGGGAAUUAUUAUGAAAUUUGUACACAACAAAUAAUAAAAAAGCAUUUAA